AUGAGCGAAUAUAAAAAAUAUAAUGUACCUUCACAUGAAAUUUAUGAUGUUAUUUUAAUUGGUGGUGGCCUAUUUAAUUGCUGCCUGUACUAUUAUUUAAAAUUAAGAAAUUCUGAACUGUCUAUAAUAAUAGUAGAAAAAGAAGAAAAUUUAGGGGGGUAUAUAAAGACAUAUACAUAUAAUAUUGAUGAUAAAAGAAUAUUAUUAGAGUUAGGUCCGAAUAUGUUUAAAUUAUGUAAUGAGAGUUAUAAUUUAAUUAAUGAACUUAAUUUACUUUCUAGUGUUAGAUUAUUAGACGAUAAACUUAUAAGAUAUAUAUAUAAAAAACAUGAUAAAUUAUAUCCUUUGUAUUUAAAUAUAUUUUCUUAUUUAUCUUUCCCUUUAAUAAAUAUUUCAAAUAAAAUUAAAUUACUCUUCAAAUUAAUCUUUAAACAAUAUAAACAUUUAAAUUCCUAUACAAACGAUAUAUCUGUGGAAAAUUAUAUGAAUGAUAAUUUCGAUUCACAACAUUAUAAUUUUUUACUUUUACCUUUUAUAUAUGGCUCGUGUGCAGGUAAUGGCAAAAUAUCUGCAGUUUCCUUCUUCUCAAGAAAUUUAAAGCUUUUUCAUAAUAAAGUGAACUCUUUAUAUAUAUGGAAUGAGAAAAUUAAAAGCGAAGAAAAAAAUAGGAAUACAAAAUGUGUUAAUAAUAAUACUUUUAUUUAUCAACAUAUGAAUAAAAAAAAAAAAAAAAAAAAUUUUAAUUUAUUUACACCAUAUUAUAAUUUUUUUUAUAUUUCAAAUAAAAACAUGAAAAUGGAUGUAUAUUUAAAUGUCUUAUACAAUUACUAUUCAUCAAAUAAGAAGACAGAAAAAAAAAAUAUUAAUUUAUUUACACCAUAUUAUAAUUUUUUUUAUAUUUCAAAUAAAAAUAUGAAAAUGGAUGUAUAUUUAAAUGUCUUAUACAAUUACUAUUCCUCAAAUAAGAUGAAAGAAAAAAAAAAUAUUAAUUUAUUUACACCAUAUUAUAAUUUUUUUUAUAUUUCAAAUAAAAACAUGAAAAUGGAUGUAUAUUUAAAUGUGUUAUACAAUUACUAUUCCUCAAAUAAGAAGACAGAAAAAAAAAAUCUAUUUAAUUAUAUUUGUUACAGGAUUCAUAUUUUGUUAUUACAUAUGAAACAAUUUUCUAUUAAUAUAUUUCGUCAUAUUUCUAUAUUUUUAAAAUGUACAUACCAAUUCUUUUACCCUUUUUUAAUGUUACCUGAUCUAGCCAAAUGGACGACUAGCCAUUUUGAUGAUGAUGAAAAAAAAAAAAAAAAAAAUUGGAUUGGAAAAACUGUUACUUUUAAAAAUGGUUUAUAUGAAUUAAUAGAUAAAUUAAAGAGUCAUAUGAAUAAAGAAUUUAUAUAUACAAAUCAUGAAGUAGAUUUUAUUGAAAAGGCUUAUAACAAUUUAUGGAUGUGUAACAUCAAACGUGAAAAUCAAAAUAAAACAAUAUAUGGUAAAAACAUUGUUUUAGCUGUAAAUUCGAAAAUAUGUUCAAAUAUUAUGAGGAACAUUUUACCGCUUAACAUAAAAGAUAUACUUUUAAAUUUUCAAUAUUCUAGUAUUAUAAGUAUAUCAUUAUAUUUUAAGAAAAACGAUAUAAAUAUUCCAAAAAAUUUUUUUGGAUUUUUAUCAUCUGAUAAAUGUGCACAUAUCUUGGGAUGUUUUCAUAUAAAUAAUAUGUUUAAAGAAAGAUGUCAUGAUGAUAAUAAUAAAGUAUUGUUAACUUUAUAUAUGGGUGGAUCAAAUCAUCCAAAUGAUAUUACUUUAGAUGAAUAUGAAAUUAAAGAAAUAAUUUCAAACGAUUUAAAAAACAUAUUUGAUAUAUAUAAUGAUGCACAACCUAAUAUUUUAAAAAUACACAAAUGGAAAGACGCAAUACCAUUUUAUUCAUAUAAUUACGAGAAACUCUUAAAAAAAGUUAUGGAGGAAUUAAACAAAUCCUCUUAUAAAAAUUUGUACCUCGAUUCUGGAUGGAUAACUGGAACGUCUAUAUCGGAUAGAAUAAGAUCUGCACAGGAUUUGUGCGAAUAUAUCUUUUCCCGUACGACUCUUCUAUCAUAA